ACUCCCAUCAAAACCAAGAUGGCGGCCGAGCGCUCAGCCGGCUCGGCUCCGUGACUGACAGAGGAGGCAGCCGCUCUUACUGCGGGAGUAACGGAAAGACUCCGAGGGAAAGCAGAAUAAAGCCAACCGCGCGAGCAGCGCACCUUCACCCCGCAACAGUAAUGCAGCUGCUCCGGUAAACCACCGAGUGAAGUUCCGUGUGAGGACCGAUUUGACGUUUCACAAGCGGAGGGCAGCUGGCGGGGAUGGGAAAUGAUGGAGGACAAAGGCCCCCGUGUAGCCGACUACUUCGUGGUUGCCGGUCUGACGGACCCGUCCAAGCCGUUGGACCAGGAGAUCCACUUUGAUGACGUGUGCCACAAGACGGCCAAGCCCAAAGCGCCCAUCACAGACGUGGCGGUGGUGAUCCGCUCCCUGGGCGAGGAGGUUCCUCCGGGGUUCGUGUGCAUCGAGACCACGCCGAGCGGACACUCGGCCGAUCUGAACAACGGCGGCCUCAUGGCGCCGCAGAUCUUCCUGUGCUACAGGCGAGGCCGCGACAAACCGCCGCUCAUCGACUUGGGAGUCCUGUAUGAGUGGAAGGAGAGGCUGAAGCAGGGCUGCCACCUCAUCCAGACCACGCCCGCUGGUCGUCCCGCCAACAUCAGYGGCAAUUCCUCCCAGCGGAUCUACGUCACGUACCGCCGAGCGCCGGACAGCCAGCCGCACGCCUCCCUGGCCGUCACCGACGUCUGCAUCAUCAUCCCGAGCAAAGGCGAGGCGCCGCCGCACACCUUCUGCAAGGUGGAGAAGAAUCUCAACAGCAGCAUGUGGGGCUCCUCCGUUUACCUGUGUUACAAGAAAUCUGUGGCMAAAACCAACGUGAUCGCCUACAAAGCAGGUUUAUUCAGCAGAUAUCCGGAGGAGGACUACGAGUCUUUCCCUCUGCCRGAGUCGGUCCCUCUCUUCUGCCUUCCCAUGGGGGCAACAAUCGAGAGCUGGCCAGCGAACACCAAGUACUCUCUCCCUGUUUUCUCCACCUUCGUCCUCACCGGCGCGUCUGGAGAGAAAGUAAGCUGGUUAAACGUCAUUUUUAUUCACAAACAUCUGGACUGCAACAUUAUUCUGCCACCCACUGCUGUUAUUUCUGGCCUCACGUCCCCCGUUCUUCUUCUUCUUCUUUUUUCCAGACAUAUCUCUCACUUCAUGCACAAAGUUCCCUUCCCGUCCUCCCAAAGGCCUCGCAUCCUGGUGCAGCUUUCUCCUCAUGACAGCCUGAUGUUGAGCCAGCCUGUCAGUUCUCCCUUACCGCUCAGCGGAGGAAGGUUUUCCACUCUGCUCCAUAACCUCGGUCCGGAGAACGCCGUCACCUUGCUGGUGUUYGCCGUCACCGAACAUAAAAUCCUGGUCCACUCUUUACGGCCGGCGGUGCUGACRAGCGUCACAGAGGCGCUGGUGUCAAUGAUCUUCCCCUUCCACUGGCCGUGUCCCUACAUCCCGCUCUGCCCCCUGGCGCUGGCCGACGUGUUGAGCGCUCCCUGUCCGUUCAUCGUCGGCGUCGACUCCCGGUACUUUGACCUCUACGACCCUCCGCCUGACGUGAACUGUGUGGACCUGGACACAAACACCAUCUUCCACAACGAGGAUAAACGCGCUCUCACAUGGAAGAUCCUGCCAAAGAAAGCGUGUAAAAACCUGAUGAAUGUGCUGAGUAAUCUCCACCAGCAGCUGGUCGACGGUCAGUACCGCUCCGACGGGCUGCUGGAGCUCAGCAUGAACGACUCACAAGAGCUGAGCUGUGGGAAGAGCCUCCACACGCUGGAGCUGGAGAUCCAGGAAGCCUUCCUGCGCUUCAUGGCGGCCAUUUUAAAGGGUUACCGCUCCUUCCUGCGCCCCAUCACACAGGCGCCAUCGGAGAAGGCCACGGACGCCAGCUCACUCUUCGACUUACAAGGAUUCUUGAAGAGCCGCGACCGCUCUCACCAGAAGUUUUACUCGCUCAUGACCAAGACCCAGAUGUUCAUCCGCUUCAUCGAGGAAUGCUCGUUCGUCAGCGACAAAGACACCAGCCUGGCGUUCUUUGACGACUGCGUUGACAAACUUUACAACUCGGAGCGGAGCGCAGAGAAAGGAGGGAAGGUGGACGGCGAGCGGCCGGAYGAGACGCGGCUGAUCGAGAUCGAUGAGUCGCAGCGCAGCGAGCACACGGUGUUCAUCACUCCUCCAGAGCUGCCGCCGCUGCCUGACGGGGAGGAGUACCCGCUCUGCUACAGAUAUGACGGUUUCCCGGUGUUAACUCUGGAGCUGUUCGACCCGGUGGAGGGCCUGCGGACUCCCUCCUCCCGCCUCGCUGCCAGGCACAGCUGCCCCACAAGCCCCGCCCCCAUGUUCAGACGCACCAAACAGGAGAUCAAAUCAGCGCAGAAGAUCGCCAAGAAGUAUUCGUCCAUCCCCCAGCUGUGGUCCAAGUGCCUGCUGCGCCACUGCUACGGCUUGUGGUUCAUCUGCCUGCCGGCGUACGUCAAGGUGUGCCACUCCAAGGUGCGGGCGCUGCGCACCGCCUACGACGUCCUCAGGAAGAUGCAGGCGAAGAAGCUGCAGCCGCCCGACGAGGUGUGCUACCGGGUCCUGAUGCAGCUGUGUGGGCAGUACGGCCAGCCGGUCCUGGCGGUCAGAGUCCUGUUUGAGAUGAAGAAGGCCGGCGUUCACCCCAACGCCAUCACCUACGGAUACUACAACAAGGCGGUGCUGGAGAGCACGUGGCCCUCCAGCACCAGAGGAGGAUACUUCCUGUGGAUGAAGCUGAGGAACGUGAUUCUGGGUGUGGCUCAGUUCAAACGAGCUCUGCGCCGACACGGACCGCCGCUCACCCAGAGCCCGCUGUCAGAUGGCAGCGACCUGGACGCUGUGAGUCAUGGCAGUCUGGACAGCUCUGCCGACCCGAACCCGGCCGAGCAGAGCCCAGUAGAACCCGCUGACGAUAGAUCUAGCACAGUGGGCGGCGGGGGCGACAGCGCGGGGGCCAGGCCCGUGGCGGCCCGCUCUCCCUGGGUGGGCGCUGAGCUCAGAGAAGCCACUCUCCACCCAGGAGAUCAGUCGGAUUUGGGUUACAACUCUCUGUCGAAGGAGGAAGUUCGGAGAGGCGACGCCGCUCCCCCCGACAAAGACGAGAAGAAGGAGAGCGACUGCAGCUCCUUGUCGGAGACUGAAAGCGUGAAGGGCAGCAAGGACUGCCUGCCUCAGCUGGACCUGGAGGCCGGCUCCUCCUUCAAGCCUCGGGGAAUCGUUCGGAGCAGCUAUCCGUACGGGGAUUCUGCCCGGAAACCCAGGAGCUCCACCAGCGCAGGCCACAUCGCUGGACUCCUCUUCACCACGUCUCUGGAUGAGAUCGGUGAGGUUCGUGCCAACAGCCUGCUGCGGCGACACCGCAGCGCCCUGGAGGAGGUGGUGGGCAGCUCUGGCAGCGGCGCCGCUCUGGACUGGCAGGCGGCGCGGGCCGGCCGCGUGAGCGGUGACACUACGGGCAGCGGCGGCAGCGGCGCCACUGUCCUCGGUCUUGGCAUGAGUCAGGCGGAGACCGACCCUGAUAAGAUUGCCGGACUGCUGGGCGCCGACGCCAAGAUCCUGUCCGGUACCAACUACAGCCAGAAGCGUCACUUAGGAGGCUUUAAUCACAAAGAGGAGGAGGAGGAACAAAGCUACAGUGAUGAAGAUAAGAGUAACACGGAAGCCAUUUUUGAUUUUGAGGAUCUGGACUUGGAGAAGCCGUCUCUGGGGGUCAGACAUCUUAAAAAACCCGUUGAGCGCAGCGCCAGCUACGGCGGCAUGAGCUCUGCGGCGCCCAGAGGAGCCGUGAUGCGUACCGGCAUCGAAACGGGCUUCGACCCGCUCUCCCUGAUGGCCGCUGAGUCGCAGAGCGCCGCGUACCCGGAUGGCGACGAGGCCAGAGCACCGUGCGCCCGCCGUAAUCUGGCCCGGGAGAUCGAGCUGUACAUGAGCCACCUGGACACGCCRCUGAGCAGCCGCACGUCCAGCUCCGAGCUGCAGGGCCCGGCCAGCCCGCUGCUGCUCCACCCCCAUGCCGCCGCCGCCUUCCGGAGGUCCAGCUUGCCCCACGCCGCUCCACUCAGGACCAGCGCAGUGCCGCGCUCACGCACCUUCCACCAGGCGUCGCCGGCCCGGCCCGCGUCCCGCCAGCGGCUGAUGUCGUCGCCGUCGGGCCGCAGCUCCAGCACCAGCCCCAGCCUGAGCCCAUUCAGGGAGCGCCUGGCCUCGCCGUCCUCCUCCUCCUUCGCCCUGGACGCCCUGCUCACCCCGACGCUCGACGUCUUCAAGACCAGCGUGGUUUCUGCUGGGAAGGGCGUGGCGGAGCGGGCCAGCCGCUGGUACUCGCGUUUCGCGACGUCCAACACGCCAACCAAGGACGGCUUCAGCGACCGUCUGAGCAUUUCCUCCCUCAGUGUCGGGGAUCCAGACGGCUCCAUCCAGGACGAAGCGGAGUUUGAGGAGACGGAGCAGCUCGGCGUCUCCCCUCAGAAGAACGGUCCCUCCUGUCCCCAUAGGAGUCCUGUCCACAGCCGGGUGGACAGUCCCACUGCAGGACGCAGCCUGGGCAGACCCACGUCUCUUCCUCCUGGUUGUCCUCUGUCUCUGCCCGGGUUCUCGCUGCCGGACAAGUCCGACCUCGGAUCGUCACGCUGCACCAGCAACACCAGCAUCUUCAACAACUACGCUAUGGAGCUGCUGAUCUCCAGCUGCUCUCGCUGUAAAACCUGCGACUGCCUGGUUUACGACGAGGAGAUCAUGGCUGGAUGGACGGCCGACGACUCCAACCUCAACACCACCUGCCCCUUCUGCGGAAACCCCUUCCUGCCGUUCCUCAACGUGGAGAUCCGGGACAUGAGAGGACCCGGGAGGCUCUUCCUGAAGGGCAGCCCGUCCAUGGAUGACGCCAUGACCUCAUCGUACUCCGCCUCCACGGGUCUGGACACGGGGACGUCCACGUUGUCCACGCCGUGUCCCACCACAGCCGUGUUCCCUCCCUCACCCACAGCAGCCGCAAAGGAAACUCCUGGGAGGACUCGGCCCAGCAGGGCUCAAGGCAUCAACAUCCCCACAGAUCGCCGGCAGGGGGCGCUGUCCUCCGGCGGACCCAUGACCCGUAGCGUCAGCGCCUUCGGCCCCAUGGAGGAAGAGUCGCAGCUCAGCCACCACCUGCCGACGUCCGGCAGCCUGCCGAGUCAUCUGAACGAAGCCGCGGACCCGCUCAGCAUGGACUGGCAGCUCCACAACCCGGAGCCCGUGACGGUGCCGUACCUGAGCCCGCUGGUUCUGUGGAAGGAGCUUGAGAGUCUGCUGGAGAACGAGGGCGACCCGGUGAUCGCCGAGGCCGACAUGGUGGACCACCACCCCAUCAUCUACUGGAACCUGCUGUGGUACUUCCGGCGGCUGGACCUGCCCAGCAACCUGCCGGGCCUCAUCCUCACCUCUGAGCACUGCAACAGAGACUCCCAGGUCCCUCGUCACUGGAUGUCCGAGGACAGUAAACAUGUUCUGAUCCAGAUCCUAUGGGACAACCUGAAGCUGCACCAGGACCCGGUCCAGCCUCUCUACAUCCUCUGGAACACAUACAGGCUUAAUUGCACUGUGUUGUUAGAGAACGUGGGCUACCCUUUGUCCCGGCCGGUCCCGGAUGAGGAGAAGCCUCUGACGGACGAGCUGCUGCAGGGCGUGGUGCGCAGCAUCCAGAGGAAUGACGUCGGUCGGCCGAUGGCGCAGCUGCUGCAGCUGCUGGACCGGAUGCUGGGGGUCAAACGCCAAAGGAGUUUGUACAGAGACAUCCUCUUCCUGUCCCUGGUGGCGCUGGGAAAAGACAACAUCGAUAUCGACGCCUUUGAUCGUGAGUACAAGCUGGCGUACGACCGCCUGCUGCCCCCGCUGGUCAGGCUGACCCAUAACUGUGACCGUCCUCCGGGCGCCGGCGUCAUGGAGUGCCGCCGGACGUUCGGAGAGCCUUACCUGUGAGUCGCUCACCUUCACCUCCUCCUCUUCCUCACCGCUUCACCUCCAGCUCAGGAACCCGUAGCAGGACUGGACCGUCGCCGCGGUAACGCUCGGCUUCGUCCAGCACCUCGCCUCGUUUCUGUUGAAAUCCAACCAAAAUACAGAGAAAAAAACCCUGUAAAUAAGCGCCAGUUUUUAAUCCAGCAUUUAUAUUGUGUGAUCGUAAAUCACAUGGAGACUAACUGCAGCAAUAUUUUAACUUGAAUUCUAUUUAUACAAAGUUAGCUUUAUUUAUUGCAUCCUGUUGCAACUCACCGCUCUCGCCUGCAGACUGAAGGAAACCCGCUUCGUGUUGCUUCAAAACACCAAAAAAUAAAAAUAACUAAAAGCCGUGUUCACCAAGCAGCUGUUUGAAAAACCACUUCAUGCCAAACAUCGACAUAAAUGUUUCAUUCAGUGACA